ACAAUUGUCCGUUGGGUGUUGAUAUUUCAGUUGAGCUUUCUUCGUCAGUAGGUGACUAUCACAAUGAAAGGCUGAAGCUUAAGUGCAAGUACGCAACGAAUCUGCAGGAGUGAUCAACAGGUGUCAGCUGAAGAAGACCAAAAUGCCGUCCAGUAACUAUACAAACAUCACAAACUCAACUGAGCCCUCCUCUAUUGGAGCAAAUACUUUGGUCGAACAGUAUGAAGAAUCAAAAGCCCUUUACAUUUUCCGUUUAACCCUGUUCUCCGUUAUCAUCUCGGCCAGUAUAAUCGGCAAUUUGGUGGUUUGUUAUGCUGUGUGUACCAUACCUUCCCGCAAGCCUCUCUCCUACUAUCUCGUCGCUAACAUGGCCUUCGCGGAAAUUCUAAGCAGCGUUUGUUUGGCCGUCAUGUUUGCGAGCUGGCAGAAUCCAACUGACGUCGUUCUUCAAGAAGCCGCAUGCAUUUUGAAUCCGUUCCAAGUAAUUGCUCUUCUCGUUGUGAUCUACUCACUGGCUGCCAUCGCUUUUUAUCGUUACAGAUUCAUUGUAAACCCUCUUCCACGCACACCAUCAUCAGUAAAGACAGUAACAAUUCUGACCAUAUCUGGGUUGUGGCUGUUGUCAUUUGCAAUCGCCUGUCCCUUUUUCUUUGGUCUCAGAUUUAGAAAUGGUGUAUGCAUGGAGCUGUCUGUCGUAAGUAAUAGAUCCUAUGUAGCCAUCAGAUUCAUCCUGAACUACGCUUUACCUUAUGUGAUAAUGCUGGCAUCUUACGGAGCGGUGGCGUGGAACUUAAGGAGACGAAUUGUGCAGAUUAAGAGAAGAAAUCGAGAUUCGAUUGUUACUUCCUCUUGUGGUGUUGAAACUGAACUCCAAGAGUUACGAGAUGGCGCGAGAAUGGAGGAACGAAGAAGUGUUCUGCUCGAACAGAAUAACCGAAGAGACAGCAAACCCGAAAACACAGACCCGGAGAAAGAUUUACUUAAAAUGAUUUUUGUGCUUAUUAUCAUUUAUGUUGUUUGUUAUUUUCCGUAUCAAGCCCAUUAUGUGUGGGAAAGGGUUUCUAACAUCACUGCUUAUCAAUUUAGAUAUCAUCAACUCUUUAUUGAUUAUAAUUUUAUUUUGAUUUGCCUUCCUAGCGCCUUACAUCCUUUGUGUUAUGGAACAAUGAACAGUUUCUUUGCUAAGGCGUUCUCCAAAAUCAUUCUCUGUAGAUCUUGAAAACACAAUGAUGAAUAUGUUUCUCAAGUCGUAGGAUGCUUUGUUCAAGUUUGAGCAAAUUCUUAGGUUCAUUUUGCCUUGUUAUGAGAGCCAUUUCCGGAUGAAAGUUUUUUCAACUUGAGUUGUUCCUCCUCGUCGUUUAGGACUUGUGAGUUUAUCUCAAAAUUGACUUGUUGACUGGGCCAUUAUUUCAUAUACAGACUUAUCAUGAUGAUAAAUGUUUAUGCAACCUGUGUAUCUGCAGCAACAAAGGUAGUAGAAGAUACUUUUGAGCAACUUUACAAAUGUAAGUGAUAUGACAAGAGGAAAAUGCUUAUUGUUGAGAAGAAAUUAAAUUUGACUAGGGCCCUUUAAGUGCAUGAUAAAAUAUUAUCUUUUUGUUGCUGAUAACGAAUUCCUGUUCAAAUUUAAAAUUACAUUAAGUCGGCGAAAUUGUAAAGAGAUCCAAAUUUAGAAACUGCUGCUAUUUAGAGCGUGCGCCCGUAGCAUGAAAUUUUUCAAUGACGAGAUAUCUUUUGCCGACCGACAAAUGGUUUUCGUGAAACUUUGGAAUGCUAAUUAUUCCUAAGUUGUCAGUUGUUUUCAUUGUUGGCUUAUUGUUUGCGGUUUUUUGACAUGUUGUUUGUAGGUGACAGGCACGUCACCUACAAAUUUAGAACACGCCAGGCACGUCACCUACUUUUCUCUGUUCACUAAUCAUGCGAACCAUGAGCAAUUUUCGAUAGAAUUUUGAAAACAAUCUGGCGCUGCUUUGAUAAUUCUUCAAUGCGCUAUAGGAAUGAUUCAGAGAACUCGCGCCAUGGUCUUUAUGCAGACUCUAGAAUUGAAACCAAUUGCAAUUUCGUUCAAUCCACUUUGCGCCUUUGAGGUCGUUGACUACUUGUGAUGUCCACGUUUUAUCUGUUUGGCCGAUGUUAUCAAGUUGGUUUUGGUUUUACAAAACUCAAUCGAAAAUCUCUCUAAUUAGGAAGCGUAGCAGACAUUGAUUUAUGUUGUGUUUAGGUUAAGUUCGGAUAGAACACGCGCUGUCAUUGGUUGAUAGAGCGUUCUACAUUAGAGUGAAAAACACAGAGCUGAGCUAAAGCUGGUAAUUUAGUGUUAACAACUGGGUUGAAAACGUAAAUUAGCUACCGUAAAGAGUAAAAAAGCGUUCGAGCGUUAGCCCUUUGUCAGAGCGAUUGGAGGAAUUGUGGGUUGUGUGUGGGUUUAUAGGCAGAAAGUGGAGCUACGCCAUUGGUGGGAAUAUAGUGACGAGAAAACAGGAAUAAAUUAUGAAAUUAGGAGAUCCUCGCAGCUAAGAACACUACUGAA